CGGGAGGCGAGGUAGAAAGUUUCUCUGCUCGCCUCAUCUAGCAAGCCGGAGCUGAGAGCAAUCUCGGGACCCGCCCGGCCAGCGCGAGAGGAGAGACGGGAGCACAUCGCCAAACACACUGGAAAAGAAAAGAAAAAAACCCUGAAGUCAGCCCCAGGCGCAGGGACAGAUAAGGUCUCAGCUCUCCCAGGCUCUGUGAGGCUUCUGCUAUGACUGCAGUCUCUUCUCGGAGCCAGGACUGCCCCUCGCCGCCCCUGCCACGCCAGGUCCCCGCUCUGCCCCAGCUGUCCUCGGCCCCCGUGUCGCCAUGGGUAGCGUCAGCAGCCUCAUCUCCGGCCACGGCUUCCACAGCAAGCACUGCCGGGCCUCUCAGUACAAGCUGCGCAAGUCUUCCCACCUCAAGAAGCUCAACCGCUAUUCAGACGGGCUGCUGAGGUUUGGCUUCUCCCAAGACUCAGGGCAUGGCAAGUCCAGCUCCAAAAUGGGCAAGAGCGAAGACUUCUUCUACAUCAAGGUCAGCCAGAAGGCCCGGGGCUCCCACCGCCCUGAUUACACGGCACUGUCCAGUGGGGACCUAGGGGGCCAGGCAGGGGUGGACUUCGACCCGUCCACCCCCCCGAAGCUCUUGCCCUUCUCCAAUCAGCUAGAGAUGGGUUCUGAGAAAGGUGCUGUGAGACCCACGGCCUUCAAGCCAGUGCUGCCUCGGUCAGGCGCCAUCCUCCACUCAUCCCCUGAGAGCGCCGGCCACCAGCUGCAUCCCGCACCUCUGGACAAGCCCAAGGAGCAGGAGCUGAAGCCCAGCCUGUGCUCCGGGGCAUUGUCCGACUCUGGCCGGAACUCCAUGUCCAGCCUGCCCACCCACAGUACCAGCAGCAGCUACCAGCUGGACCCGCUGGUCACUCCGGUGGGGCCCGCCAGCCGGUUUGGGGGCUCAGCCCACAACAUCACACAGGGCAUUGUCCUCCAAGACAGCAACAUGAUGAGCCUGAAGGCCCUGUCUUUCUCCGACGGGGGCAGCAAGCUGGCCCACGCAAGCAAGGACAAGGGCUCUGUGCGCUCCCCCAUCUCCACGGACCAGUGCACCAUCCAGGAGCUGGAGAAGCAGCUGCUGGAGAGGGAGGGUGAGCUGCAGAGACUGCACCGCAGCUUCGAGGAGAAGGAGCUGGCCGCCAGCCAACCUUAUGAGGAGCGGCCGCGGCGCUGCAAGGAUGAGCUGGAGGGGCUGGAAGCCAAAGGCAAGAUGAAGGUGGCCGCACAGAAGAGCCAGCGUGCCCAGCAGGUCCUGCAUCUCCAGGUGCUCCAGCUCCAGCAGGAGAAACGGCAGCUCCGGCAGGAACUCGAGAGCCUCAUGAAGGAGCAGGACCUGCUGGAGACCAAACUCAGGUCUUACGAGAAGGAGAAGACCAGCUUUGCCCCUGCACUGGAGGAGACGCAGUGGGAGGUGUGCCAGAAGUCCGGAGAGAUCUCCCUCCUGAAGCAGCAGCUGAAGGAGUCCCAAACAGAGAUCAACGCCAAGGCCAGCGAGAUCCUCAACCUGAAGGCUCAGCUGAAGGACACGCGGGGCCGCCUGGAGAGUUUGGAGCUGAAGACGCAGGACUUGGAGAGCGCGCUGCGCACCAAGGGCCUGGAGCUGGAGGUGUGCGAAAACGAGCUGCAGCGCAAGAAGAACGAGGCGGAGCUCCUGCGGGAGAAGGUGAACCUGCUGGAGCAGGAGCUGCUGGAGCUGCGGGCCCAGGCCGCCCUGCAGCGGAGCAGGGACGCGGCCGCCCUGGGUCCCGCCUCCGCGGACGACGUGCCCGCCCUUCAGCGCGAGCUGGAGAGGCUGCGCGCAGAGCUCAAGGAGGAGCGGCAGGGGCAUGACCAGAUGUCCUCCGGGUUCCAGCACGAGCGGCUGGUGUGGAAGGAGGAGAAGGAGAAAGUGAUCCAGUACCAGAAGCAGCUGCAGCAGAGCUACCUGGCCAUGUACCAGCGGAACCAGCGCCUGGAGAAGGCACUGCAGCAGCUGGCCCGCGGGGACGGGGCGGGGGAGCCCUUUGAGAUCGACCUUGAAGGGGCUGACAUCCCCUACGAGGACAUCAUCGCCACUGAGAUCUGAGGGGCCUCCUGGGAGAGGGCCCGGGACCUGGCAUUGGGAGGCAGGGGUGCUGAGUCCGUCGAUGGGGGCUCCCUUGCCCUGCUACCCUGCUCAGGCCUCAGAGAGAAGAAGCACAGACUUCAAGGCGAGGAGAUUGGUUGCGGGGUGGGAGUGGGGGACAGUUGUUGCUACAGGGCCUCUCCUGGCCUUUCCCAAGAUCCAGCGCUUAGCAACCCUGCAGCUAGCCAGACCUCCAGCUUUGCCAAGAGAGGAGUCCUGGGAUCAUCAAGAUUUGGUUAAGGGCUUCCUAAAACUUGGUCUUUGUUCAAAUGCUAAAUGCUCUCCCUAAAUGCUCUCCCAGAGAGGGUGAUGACUGACGGAAGCUCCCUUCCACCUCUUUUCCUACAACUUUUCUUGUCCCCCCAUCCCCGCUCCCAACACACUGGGAUGCCCCUUGGGAACAGAACACGAGCAUUUAUGACCAGAAGCUUUGGAAUCUGACCUGGUCAUACCUGAGCUAUUUCCCCCGACCAUGGAGGGACAGGGCUUGGAGUGGGAUGUGGAGAAACUGGCUGAACAGAAAUCAGAGCUUCCCAACACUGUUGGUCUCAGAAAGGAGGGAAGAGCUGGGGCCACCCAGGGGGUGUCGAGACUCAGCCAGACCAGAGAGGGUCUGAAGGAGAAGCUAGGUGGUGACAGCCAGACCGUCUAGCUCUGCUGACUGGACGUGAGCAGCCUCGGGGUGACUGGUGGCCUUUGAUCUCUUCUUAAAGCCAUAGCCCCAAGGCCCUGGUGUGGGUGCUGAGGAGGAAAGAUGAUGCAGGGAGUGUGUAACUCCAUGCUGUCCCCAGGGGAGCCCCCAGAUCUUUUCAUCAUGAGAACAGAGAUAGGGAUUUCCCCUCCUGUUCAGGUUGCUCAGCAGUUACCUUGCAUUGGUUUUAAUUCCUAAGAACCAAGUCUUUGCUUGAACUCAGAAUAACCUGUGUCCAAUGAGAUGGCACAGGGUCAUCUGGGCUAGGCCUUCCCCCUUCCCCUUCAGCUCCAUCCUGCUGCCGGGCAUGUCCCUUGUCACUUCCAGGGCUAAGCCCCAAAGUGCCAGUGUCCAAAGACAGUAAGAGGCUCAAACACAGCCUCUGAAAGGCCCUGGGGCCCCCAGCUGCACCCCCCCCCUCUGCUUGCAUUAGCCCCACCA